UCAGUCCAAUUGCAAUAUGCCCCAGGCUGAAGGCGGAAAGGGGGAUCACUGGCGAAGGCACAGGCAUAGGCACAAGAAGCACAGGCACGGGAAGUGAGGGAACAGGCACAUGGUACAAUAGCAGAGUGGCUGGGGGGGCCACCGUAAAAGAGUCCAUGGAAAGGAUCUUUCCGUCCGCCUCGCCUCUCAAGGCUCCAGUCUGGCACUGGCAGGUCUGCGAGUCUUGGUCUUGGGUCUUGGUUCUUGGGUCUUGGGUCUUGGGUCUUGGGGCGAGAGUGGGAUGGGGAUGGGGAAGGGGAUGCAGGCGAGCAGGCCGCAGGGCCGCAGGGCAUCGAUUCCGUGAUGGGCAGAUGGGGCUUCCUUCUGCAGGAACGGGCCAGCCGAAUCCUUAGCCCUUCCUCUUGGGACCAGGACCUCUCUGUGCCUCUUCUCCAGUUUCC